AGUGAGAGAAUGAAUGUGAGAUCUUUCUUCACCUGCAUAACCAAAGUAGUAACUAGUAACUGCAAGGGAUUCGAGUUCGUCUUGUCGGGAUUUGCUUGAAGGAAAAAUGGAAGCUUGGCUGAUGAAAUGUUCAACGAGAAGUCCUCUCGUUAGAGCUCUGAAACCUUUCGCUCUCUGUCGCAGGCACUUCGAUUCUUCUGCUGUCUCCUUCACCACCGGCAUGAGGGUUAAGAGAGCGUAUGAUGGACUGUUGCUUGAUGCUGGAGGAACUCUUCUUCAGCUGUCGAAGCCCGUUGAAGAAACCUACGCUUCGUUCGGCCAAAAAUACGGUCUCAAGACAACUCCGGCUGAGAUCAAGCAAGGAUUCAAGAGAGCUUUUGCUUCUCCUUGGCCUGAGAAGUUGCGGUAUCAGGGAGAUGGAAGACCAUUCUGGAAGCUUGUUGUUUCAGAAGCAACUGGUUGUUGUGAUAAUGACUUCUUUGAAGAAGUCUACGAGUAUUAUGCGAAUGGUGAGGCAUGGCAUCUUCCAGAAGGAGCUUACGAGACAAUGUCGCUUCUGAAGGAUGCCGGAGUGAAAAUGGCUGUUGUGUCCAACUUCGACACUCGACUUAGGAAGCUGCUGAAGGAUCUUGAUGUCAUAGAUUUGUUUGAUGCUGUGAUGAUAUCCUCAGAGGUCGGAUACGAGAAACCGGAUGAAGGGAUCUUCAAAGCUGCAUUAGAACAAAUCGGUGUAGAAGCAGGUGGAGCUGUGCAUGUAGGAGACGAUGAAGAAGCAGACAAGGUCGGGGCAAAUGCCAUUGGUAUAGCUUGCUGGUUGUGGGGCAAAGAUGUCAAGACAUUUUCAGACAUUGGAGAUCGCAUCCUGAUUGAACAUGAACAGCCUUAGCUUUUAGAUUUUGCAAGAUCUUCCUUUUGUUGUCGGAAUUUGGAUAAACAAAGGAAAACGUCAUCCCUCGCUCAAUGCGAUUUGUGGAAUAUCGAUGAAAGUAAUUGGAUAAUUCGAAACAAGGA